AUGUCCGGUUUGAAAAAGGCCAUUAGGUUUUCCACCGAUGACCAAGAAAACACACGGCCGGGACAUGUUAGGAAGAUUUUCAACCUCAGAGUUGAAGAGCGUGCUGCACCCUUUUCCACUUGUGCAUUUCAGGUGAACGACAGCCGCGAGCAAAACCGACCCGGUAAACUUGGGCGAAAGCCUCGAUCUUGUGUGUCGAUCCGUGGAUCCAACAGGGCCGGUAAAACGCGCCUGGCGAAAUGGUACAUGCAUUUAGAUGACGAAGAAAAACAAAAACUCAUUGAAGAAGUCCAUGCGGUGGUAACGGUGAGGGAUGCAAAGCACACGAACUUUGUGGAAUUUCGCAAUUAUAAGAUUGUUUAUCGCAGAUACGCCGGUUUGUAUUUCUGUGUUUGCAUUGAUGUUAUGGAUAAUAGCCUCAUGUACCUCGAGGCUAUCCAUAACUUCGUUGAGGUCCUAAAUGAACUGUUCCACAAUGUUUGUGAACUGGAUCUGGUUUUCAACUUUUACAAAGUGUAUAGUGUCGUCGACGAAAUGUUCCUUGCUGGAGAGAUACGAGAGACCAGCCAAACGAAGGUCCUGAAACAGAUCUUGAUUGAAAUGUUACCCACCUCGCGGUUUCCGCCAUUCUCAAGGAAGCGCGGGGAGCAACACUCGUCUCGAUAG